AUGUUAGCAGCAGUAUUAUCAACUUCAACCGUGAUGGAAUUACAAUCCUCAAGUCCAUCUUUAUGGGCAAGAAAACCAGCAAUUGCAUCACCAGAUUGUCCAAGUUUGGAUGCAGAUGUAGCAAGACAGCAACGUCUCCACGAUGUCAUGGCAACUGGCAUUGCUAGUGGUAAUGGAAUGGGAAGAUGUCCAGGAGGUGGUAGAUAUUCUUUGAUACCAACUAGUUUGUUGGAUUGUACAUUGGGAUGUAGUGAUAUUGUGAUGGAGAUUAUGAAGUUUAUUAGUGAUGAGGAAUUACUUGAUCAUUUGAUGAGAUACUUGGUCAAUUUUCCUGAUUUGGUUAAUGUUGAAAAUUGUCUUCCUAUUUUAACACAAAGAAGAGUUUGGUAUUGUAACAAUCAAUUACACAUGGAGUUUUUGAGUGAAUGUGUUCAAAAUGUUCCAAUCAUGAACAAUAUUGAACUAGUCUUGGGGUUCUCUCGAUAUCCUCCACAAUUCUCUUCGUUCAUUGAAAAGUUCAGCUAUGUUCAUUUGAAUCACAUUUCAACUACAAAAAGACAAUUGAUUGAGUUGAUGAAUGCUACUACAAGCAAGAUCCAACACUUAAAGUUUACAAACUUUAAAUUCCAAGAUCCUGAAACUGAAUUACCAUCCACAAGAACUUUCAACAUUUCACCAUAUUUGAAAAAGCUGUCGUUUAACAUUGAUUGGAUAACCAUUUACAAAUAUUGUAAAAAGAAUAGUGAAAAUACACUGCAAUUAGAAUCAUUAAUGAACAAAGAAAUUGAGAACCCAAUAAUUUCUCUUUCCAAACAUUUGAAUUUAAAUUCCUCCAAUGUUGAUGAAUUGGAUUUUAAUGAUUCAGUUGGCAUUAGUGAUAAAAGGCUAGUUUCUCUAAUUGGGCCAAAGUUGACCAGACUCUCACUAAUGUGUCCGUUGUUUAACCUUUCUGUAAUUGCUCCAAAUCUUGAAUAUUGUGAGAUGAACAUCUUCCCAGUACAGUCAAUGGAAAUACCCACUCUCUGUGUUAAACACCCCUUUCCUAUGCUAUUCUCAAAUCUACCAUCUCAAAAAGUUAAGAAAAUCAUUAUUGUGAAGUUAGUUGUUUUCGAUGAGAAAGAAGAAAAGAAAAAUUUGAGAUUUUUCUUGUCUAGAAUGUUAGUUUGUUAUCCUAAUUGUGAAGAGUUGAUUAUUCCCGAGUCUUUCUUGAUGUUAUUGAAUGAGGCUGACUUGAAUGAAGAAGAAAUUCAGAGUUCAUUGAAGAGAAUUAUUAUCAAACAUUCCAAUUCCACACAACCAUCCAAAUAUGGUACACUAAAAUUUGCAUUGCAAGGUUUCUUCUCAAAGGUAACUGUAUCAUUUGAUGAAAUUAGAAAGGAUGAACUCCAAUUCGAAACUCUUCCUUCCAGCAAUAGAAAUAUCAUAGUUGACUGUUAUGAAGAUGUACUUUUCAAAAAAAUUGAAAGUACUGAAAAGCAUUUCAAAGUUAUGGAUAAUUCUCUCAUUAAGAAUCGAAUUAGAAACAUGAAGAUGGAAUUUGCUCAAGGCAUUAUUUCUAACAACUAUUCAAAAUUUGCAGUAAUUGAUAUUUCCUUAAAUAUGUUAGAAGGAUUGAAGCGUAACAAAGAACUCAUGCUCCAAACAAUUCAUCAAGCCAUUGAAAACUAUCAUGAUAUAUUUGCCAAUGACCAAUUAUAUCAAGCAAUUACUGAAAGAUUCGACGUUUGCUUAUCAACCAUUGAAGGAGAAUACUUUAGCGAAUUUAACUUCUCUAAAUAUUAUAGUGAGCUUGAAACUCUCUUCCACCAAAUGAUUCAAGUCAUUGAGGAGAAUGGCUAUCCAUCAAAAGUUCUAUUCAAUGAACAAUGGUUCAACGAACAAAUUGUUGAGCUGUAUGGCUACCAAAGUGAAGAAGUUCAAGUUUACGAAGAUUCACAGGAAGAAAUGGAGAAGGCCAUCUUUGCUUUAAUGUUAGAUGAAGAAGAAGCAGUGGAUAUUGAAAUUGAUGACUGUGAAAUGUAG